AUGAUUUCUACUUGCGUAUCAACAUCAUCCUCAUUCGACGAACAGAUGAUGCAAGAAGUGUUGGAUCAAACAAUCGAGGACACAUGCCGAAAUUUUGGUCUGCUGUCCCCAUACAAUAAUGAUCUCACUCGAGGAGACCAGGAAGUACAAAAUUCAGAACAAAAUCUGAAAGUGUUGAACACCAUAGAAGAUUUGACAGUUGACGAGGAUUGUGGAAUGACAUAUGACGGAAUGAUCUGCAAAGAGAGAGCGAAAAAGUUCCCGACGUCCUACUAUCACGUCGAAGAGAUGAAUAAAGGACUAGUCGGUUACGCUCCUCGCCUGGCAAAAAUUCCAUCGCAGUAUCAACUUGAAUCAUUGACUGAGUUGUACAUGUGCGGUUAUCCUUCGAUGAACAAAUGGCAGGAUUGCUUUGGACACUUAUCCCGAGGCUAA